UGCACUUGCAUUUAGUUAAGUAUGUACGAUAGUGAUUUAGAAAUUUGCGAUGAUGAGGAGGAGCACCAUCAGCUGGAGCAUGAAAAACUUUUCUCCGUGGCUACAGAACAUGUGAUGCACAGAGCGAAUGUCUAUGAUGCCAGAGAUUUGCUUGAACUUUAUGCAUUAUACAAGCAGGCAACGAGUGGCGCGUGUCACGUGCCGCGCCCAUCUAUGCUGCAAAUGAAAGCGCGCAGCAAAUGGCAAGCGUGGCACGAGCUGGGCGACAUGAGCAGCGAGGAUGCCCAGCGUGCGUAUGUUGAUAAAGUGAAAAAACUCGAGCCCAAUUGGCUAGAUAACAAACGGAAUAAUGGUGGUGGUGGCAACUCAAGUAGCUUAACCGGUUGGGUGGUGCACUCUAUUGAAUCUGUGCCAAAAGAAGAGACCAACAAGCCGGAACAUCUGAAAACGUUAUUCGAUCAUGUCAAGGAGAAUAAUUUGGAUCGUCUGCGUGAGGAACUGAAACCCGCCGAUCUAACUCAAUUGGAUGAACAGGGUAUGGCACUUCUGCACUGGGCAACCGAUCGCAAUGCCAUCGGUAUCAUUGAGUUUCUAGUGGAGCAGGGAGCCAAUGUGGAUCAGCGCGAUGCAGAGCAACAGACGCCAUUGCAUUAUGCUGCUAGCUGUGGCCAUGUAGAGGCAGUGCACUAUUUGUUAUCUUUGAAUGCGAAUCUGGAGCUACGCGAUGCCGAUGGUCAGACGUGUAUUGAUGUGGCUGAUGAUGUGGAGAUUUGUGGCAUGCUGCAAGCGGAGCUGCAGCUGCGCAACAACAGCAGCAGUAAUUAAAAUGAUUAAAGUGCAAGAAAAAAACUGUU